AUGUCGUCACCAAUGCCGUCACCAAUCCGCCUUUCCCCACAGAUCAGCCACUUACAGCAGAACUCUCUGUUCUUUGACAUUUACACCAACGCAGCUAUUUCUCCGCUUAGAACCCGAGAAAACACCCAACAUUUUCGACAAACUGGCUCUCACUCCCACCCCGAGCCGAAACGCUGGGAAAGCCCCGGUGCCUGGGGAGCCAGACACAUAAACGACUCGGCGCCUUUCACACUCUGGGACGAAGUCAAUCGCAAAUUCCACCAUCCUACACGUGAGCAGUCCGCCUGGAUCCGGAGAAAGUUUGGGGAUGGAGCAUUAAGCCACAAUGGAUGGCUGAUGCGCAUUGAGACCGCCUCUCCACCACAGCCAAUUACAUUCACACUUGGAACGAUGCCAGUUUUGUUUGUACCUCCUGGAGGCCCGUUUGAAGAACCCAUUCCUUCCGCUCCGUAUCCUAACCCUCGUCUCCCUGAUCCAUGUCCGGGGGUUCGCUGGCCGCAAAUGGUUAACCCGACCAAAAUUCAGAGAACAGCUGUUCUUGAGGCUAUAUCGCAACUUGCUAACGUACGGGCUGCCAUUUUUCUUCCGUUCUGGACAAUCUUCGAGCUUGAGACAGGAGAUGGCCGCAGCUACCCAGAACUCUCACUACCCGGUACAGUGGGAGGCAGAACAGCACUCUAUCACCACCAGGAUAUCCCCUUCUUCAAAACCAUGCGGAGUCUUACCCGCCCUCGGGCCAUUCAGCCAUCCCAGGCAUCCCCCCUUAGUCCUGCAGUACAUGAUACCGCAAAUUACCUCAGACGAUCGGCUCUGACGCCAGGAUGCAGGGUUGAAAGUGGAUUUGAGGUACCAAGCCCAGGAUUGCAACCAACCACCGCCGCAACCACAUGUGGGGUCAAAAUUCGCAAUACCGCAGGAGAAGAAAGACUGACCGUAGCUAACCAUGGGUUUCUGUCCUCGAAAGAUAUCUACCACCCCCAGGUUAACGGGGGAGACCUGAUCGGCCAGGUGGUCGAUACCAGACCUGAGCUCGAUGUAGCUCUCGUCAAACUGACACCCGCGGCCUCUUCGAGCUUUACUAACACCUGCUACUUCCAGGCUGAACCACCCACCUGCCUUUUAGAAAGCGCUCAUAUCGGCCAAGGCUCAUGGAGCGAAAUUGAUGGUAUGAGUUCCGGGCUUUUCAGCAUGAUGAACACUGGGAUUAUUGAAUCACGACCAAUCCGUCCAGUCGGUCAUCCCAUGAUUCCAUUUUCACAAUGGGAUACCAGAUUGGUCAAGUUAGUUUUCGGAAAUAUUGAAGGCUUUGUCUCAGAUGGUGCGCGUGGUGCCCCGAUUGUUGAGGUUGAGUCAGGCGGUGUUGCUGGCUUUUUCCAUUUGAGUGAUGGCUCUUUUGCUACCAGUGCUGCUCUUGAUUCUCUGGUUGCUGAGGGCUGGAGCCUCGUGUGA